AUGGCGGCCCCAACAACAUUACCGGCGCUUCUGACGUCGCUGACACAGUCUCUAUCCUCGGCGCUCGAUGUCACACCUAAGCUCUCUUCUAUUGAGUACCAGAAGGAUGGCAUUUCACUUCUCGACGUGAAGAACGAGCUCCUUCUCUCUUACCUUCAAAACCUUGUUUUCUUGAUUCUUCUCAAAUUGCGCAACUCAAAAUCGAACUCGGACAAUGCGGCAGCAGACGACUCCGAACUCGACGAAUCUGUGAGAGCGAAGCUGGUGGAGCUACGACUUUACCUUGAGAGGGGAGCACGGCCAUUGGAAGAGAAACUUCGUUUCUCCAUUGAUCGAUUCCUCCGAACAGCAGACGAUGCAGAGCGUGAGAGACAGGCCAAGGAGGCCAGGGCCGCGGCUGGAGAGGAUUCUGAGGAGGAGGAGGAAGAUUCAGAGGAGGAAGCGGACGCCGAAGCGCUAUCCCACAAACCUGGCAACUUUGGCUCCAUGGCCGAGGAUGUUACUGCUCGCCGCGCAGAGCGUGAUGGAGGAGCGGCAGGUGUCUACCGCCCACCCAAGAGAGAUCGCCAAACUAUGGAUGCGCCCCAACGGCGCGACAAGUUUGAGCGCCGCCCCGGCAAAUCUCACACAAUGGACGAGUUUGUGGCUUCAGAGCUAUCCAGCGCACCCUUGGCCGAGCCCAGCAUUGGUACAACCAUUGUCCAGGGUGGCCGCAAGAUGAAGACCGACUCCGAGCGAAAGGAGGAGGCGGAGCGCCGAGACUACGAAGAGAUGAACUUCACCCGUCUUCCCAAGGAGAGCAAGAAAGAUCGCGCUCAGAAGGCGAAGCAGGGCAGUCGCCGUAUGCAAUUCGGUGGAGAGGAUUGGCACAGCCUGGGAGCGGGUGUCGAUCGCAUCGAUCGUCUUACCAAGAGCAAGAAGUCUGGAGGCAAUGUUCGUGCUCUUCUGGACAAGAGCCGAAAGCGUGGAAUCGACACAACGGAUGGACCUCGUGGGAGUGGCAUUGCAGGUGGUAUUGGAGACAGAUUCAACAAGAGAGUCAAGGUGCUGGAAGGUGGACGACGCGACCGUGGAAAGAACCGAUAG